AUGAGUGAAUCCAUAAUUGUUUGGAAUGUCCGAGGCAUUGGCACUUCUAGUCGUCGGUUAAAAAAUUUGGUUUUUAAGUUCAAGCCUAAGCUUAUCUCAGUUUUGGAACCGUUCCAAAAUCAAAACAAAGUUCUUCGGUUGAUGAAUUCUCUACAUUUUGAUUCAUGUAUUUCUAAUGUUGAUGUUGGGGGUAAAAUUUGGAUUUUUUGGGAUAAUGUUCGUGAUGUUCAAGUGGUGAGGACAAGCUUGCAAUUUAUUUCUCUUCGUGUUAAUACGGGGUCUUAUCAGUUCUUGUGUAAUAUUGUUUAUGCUAAGUGCAACAUGUAUGAGAGGAAAGUCUUGUGGGAGGAUCUCAGUUCUCAUUCUUUGGGUUCGGAACCUUGUUUAUUUGCUGGUGAUUUUAAUAUUAUCCGUAAUAAUUCUGAGAGAAAUGGUGGUUGUCCCCGUCCUAAUGCCGCUAUGGAGGAUUUCAAUAAUUGGAUCCAUCAGGGUGGCUUGGUUGAAAUGAAAUCAAAAGGUAAAAAAUACUCCUGGUGCAAUGGGCAGUCGGGCCUUGUUCGGUCUUGGGAAAAAUUAGAUCGGGUAUUCAUGGAUGUUCCUUUGCCCUCUUCUUUCCCGAAUGCUAUUUGUUCUUAUCUUCUGCGCACAACCUCUGAUCACUCUCCAAUGGUUAUUGAAUUUAAGAUGGAUCCUUUCUCUUAUGGCCCCUCGCCUUUUCGUUUCCAACAAAUGUGGGUAGACCAUCCGCAGUUUUUACAGUGUAUUCGUCAGGUGUGGUCUGCGACUGUUGUUGGCCAGGGUCUUACUAAAUUGGCAAUCAAAUUGAAAAAUACUAAGGUGGCCUUGCGGGAAUGGAACAAACAAAUUUUUGGCCAUACCACUAUGCAUAUUACUGCGCUUGAGAGGCACAUUGAAGAGCUUGAAAAUAAAUUACAUAUAAAUUGGGAUGAAUCUACGGAAAGGGACCUUCUUAUCUCGGCUGGGGAAUUAGAUAUUUGGCUUCGCCAUGAAGAUACAAGAUUGGUUCAGAUGUCUAAAUUAAAAUGGCAAAUGGAAGGGGAUCGGAAUACGAAGUUUUUCCAUGCGUGCCUUGCCAAUAAACGGCGCAAAAGAGUGGUGUAA